AUGGAAGAAGGACGUUCUGACAGUGUAUACUCCAGUGGCGAAGAGGAUCUGUUUGCCAAACAGAGUCUGAUCAGGCUACGACAUGCUGCCCGAUGGCGCGAACAAGCUCAAUACAUAAGUUUUGAACCGGCCCUACUACUGUUCUGCUUCGCCAUGAGUGUAUCAGAAGUCGUGCUGGCGAACCACAUCAUCCUGCAGACGUGCAUCGUGGAAGGAUUCGAUAGCGGCGAUUGUCAGUUGCUUAGUACAAACUCGAAUUCAUCCCAGCGUGCCGUAAUCGAAACACAAGUGCAGCCUUUGGCCGCUAAUGUAACGAUGGUGAUAGUGAUUAUAAAAUCGGUAGUUCCGGCUUUAAGUGCACUGCUGCUGGGGGCCUGGUCCGAUCGAUACGGUAGAAAACCGACUAUGUUGAUCGCGGGCGUUGGUGUGCUCUGCUCAUUUCUUUUGCUAACGAUGCUAGCGUUUCUAUCGAUGCGGUUUCCUGUGACCCCGUGGUUCUACCCAGCAGCUUAUCUUCCGUUUUCUCUCCUGGGCGGUAUGACCGUGAUAACAGCAGCCGCAUUCAGCUACCUAUCCGACGUUACAAACGAGCAAACUCGCACCAUGCGCAUGGGCUUUAUGGAAGCGUCUAUGAUGGUCGGUGCAUUGUUGGGAUUUAUUUCGAGCAGCUACAUCUUGGAGUGGCUGAACGUGGGUGCUACUUUUCUGAUAGCAACCGUGCUAAUCUGUUUGGCGAUUGCUUACGUUUUCUUCUUCACCGAGGAUAGCAUCAUCCUGAGCAGCAAUAAUAGCACGGGGGAAAAAAUUAGAGACCUCUUCUCUUGCGAUCGUGUGCGAGAGUUAUCUGGGACACUAUUCUUGCGUCGGUCAGGAUAUGUGAGGGAAAUUUUAUGGGCAAUAGUAAUAUUAACGGCUUUAACUGAGGUUGCGGGGGGAAAUGGUGGAAUAUUUUACAUGUUCACCAGAAGAAAAUUUGCAUGGGAUUUGAAGCAGUUUAGCUACUUUCAGUUUACGGAUGUGCUCAUUAUAAUUUUGGGAAACGUUCUUGGAAUACCGAUAUUGAAACAGGUGCUGCAUUGUUCAGAUACUACUGUGGCUCUGAUUUCCAUCGCCAGCUACAUAGUUGAUUCACUGAUCAUUGGAUUUGCGAACAGCGGUUGGGUAUUGUAUCUGGCUAUUUCGAUUACCAUUCUGAAGGGAACAGACGGAGCUGCUCUGAUGACGAUUUGUUCCACGAUACUUCCCGCUGGGGAUAUGGCUAAAUUUUUCUCCAUGGCCCUAUCUCUGACGGCUGUAGUUCCGCUGUUAUCUGCACCAAUGUUUACGUACAUCUAUAAUGCAACCAUUCAAUCGACACCCGAAAUAUUCAACUUUGUUGCGGCAGGAAUCUUUGGCGGAGGAUUUCUGUUGAUGAUUGUUAUAACGAUUCUUAUUCGACGAUUUUAUCAACCAGAAUUACUGUUGUAA